AUGGCUGUAUUUACGAGUGGACAAAUAAUGUGUACUUUUUGUCUCGACUUUUGUUGUACAGUUGUCAAGAAUGCGGAAGAGCUAAGGGCAUCCGUCAAGCUCAUCCCAUCUGAUGCAGAGCUGAAGUGUCCAGCUGCGAAUUGUGAAGCCAAAAAUCUCUCUUUUAGAGAGUUCAAGAUCGGAAAAUGUUGUGAUAAAGCGAUGGCAAAACAAAAUAAAAAGGCUCUAGACAAUCAGGAAUACGUCUCGUUGGUUCACCAAAAUUUAAAAGCUGCGCAACUCGUCGUUGAGAAAGGUGAAGGAAGGCUCAAAAAUGCAGAAAUCGCCGCGAAACAAGCAGAAGACUAUGUUGAAUUGGAAAAAAAGAAUCUCGAAUGGGCAAAGAAGGACAUUGAGAGAAUGAAAGGGUGCUUGAAAGACGCAUACCUUAUGGCAUACACCAAAUCUUUACGAGAAUUGAGUAUUUCAGAAGACGAAGGACCUGCUUGCAACGUCUGCUUGGAAGGCUACAACAAAGAGGAGCGACACGAAUGUACCCUUCAUUGCGGCCAUCGAUCCUGCCACAAGUGCUUGACCGGUCUUCCCGAGAAGAUCUGCCCAAUCUGUCGCAAAGAGUUCACCAACGAGCAGAUCAUCAAGCUCUUCUGA